AUGCCAGGCUUACUCAGUCAACUGGACGCCCUCCGACAGCGUUUGACCGUCAUACCUUCGCAGGCCCGCAAUGGAGGUCACGGUGACGACAAGUCCCUGGUUCAAAUCUUGCGCAAAGUGUGCGCCGUUGCUCGCGAGGCGGAUGCUAACAAUGUACCUGACCUAACGAACAUCGUUGACAAGGCUCAGAAAAUACUGGACAAAGGGAUUAACCUGGCCUACAAUAGCCCAGCUGGUUACUACGACUUUCUCCCUUCUUUUGCACACGCCGAUGAGUCAGCUCCAGUCGUCAAAGAUUCGCUGGCAAUGUCCAUUGAUGAGCAAUUUUGCGCCAUUUUCUUCAGGUCACAAAUAUCUUCUCGAUCGUCUUGCCUGGCUCUAUGCGGUGCCGGAGGGUGGAAGAACCGCGACCCUGUUAUCCAUUAUUACCUACUGAAUACCGAUAAUCCCCUUGAGGGCGGAGGCUCUUUUGAUCCUGGAUUGGGAGGCAUCGCUAAUGCCUUGGCGCUGGACGAAGAUAGGAAGCUGAUUUUUGUCGGAGACAAAGACAGAGUCAAGUCGUUUGCAUGGCCGCAGAAUCCAUCUGAUGUUCACCCACUGGACGAUCUUCCUGGUGUUCACACGCUGCAAACGUCUAGUCAUCACGGACCGAUCUCAGUGCUUUCUAAUGGGCGCAUAGUGCGUGCAGGCAAAGGAUCUGCACUCAUGUGGAUCAUAAACGACCUCGAGACCCAUGGACCCAACUAUGUAAUAAUUGGCGAAGGAGAAGAUUACGCCGAUGACUGUCUGCGCGACAACGAUGAUGGCGAUGCUAUCGAGUUGUCCUCCGGAAGCCGAGCGCACGAGAAAAUAUUCUUCGCGGUUAAGACACUCAAGCCCGGCGUAUAG